AGCCUAUCCAGUGCCUUUAAGGAAGUGAUGUGCGCAUUCAUUUUAAGAAUAAGAAGCAGUCAGUCAAACUCAAGCACGUUGGUCAUAAAACUUACAACAGGAUGAUUGACGAUUACCACCUGUCCGUCUUCGCUAACAUGCUUGGAGUUACUGUCUUUCUUCUCGUUAUUUUCUACCACUAUGUGGUGGCAAACACACCGAAAAAACAUUUACAAAGUAAAAGAUGAAGUAUAAACUAAAACCAACCCAAACCUGAAAAGCUGCCAACUGGAAAUAUGUUUGUCCAAGAUAUGAAGGAAUAUUAUAACAAUGAAUUGCAAAAAGAGUAAAUGAUUAUACAUACUGUA